AUGAGAGUGAUUUGUCGAAAUGCGAUUGGUUUGAUGCUGUUCCUCCAGGACAAGAGAGCAUGGGCGUCGUUUGCGUCGAGAGAUCUGCAAGCUGGGGUUCGCCACCGUCGUGUGGUCCCAUCCAGCGUUCCCUUCGGUCCUUCGCCCGUUGCGUCACCCGAUCGGCGAUGCUUCGCAGCCGCCGCCAAACCCAAACGAGGCAGCGUUGUAGAUUCCUACCAAACCGUUAGCGUGAAUUGCGCCAAGUGCGGUGAGCGGCUCUUCCGGUACAAGAAGAAGAACGGGACCAAAUCCAAUCUUGUCAAGUGCUUUGUUGAGCGGAUAUCGGAAGAUUGCGCCGGUGUUUUACGGGAUCACGGAACGAGUGCGGAUCCGUACAGUUGCCCUUCGUGUCAGACUGAAUUUGCCCGGUCCGCAAUUAUACGCGGACUACCCGCCCUCAAGCUCGUGGGAGGCAAAAUCCGCAUGACGAAAAAGUGA